CGUUUGGGUAAGCUUUCUUGAGUAUUUUGAGGUAAGCCAAAAAGCAGGCAACUAAAUACAAGAGAUACUGCUACCUAACAAAUAUUUUAUGUCCUUUUCUUAAGAUUAUUCAUUUCUGGCACAUCUUAUUUAUUAAACAUAUUCAAUUGUCUAUAUUUUUUAACAUAAGAAUACUAUUAUUUAAUCCAUGAAGAACUUGUUUUAAUACCUGCUACAUAGUUACAAAUAUUACUCAUCCGCCAUGUUGGUACAAUGCAUGCAUUUUUCAAGUCAUUUUCUAUGUUAUUUGGCUUUAUGCUAAUAUCAACUGGUUGGUUAAAUCAAUUAAAAAAUUAAAAGUAAAUAAAAUAAAACUUUAAGACAAAGGACUUUUCAUUCUACUUGUCGUUAAACAAAAUGUUUUUUGACUAUUGUUAGAAAUGAAUUUAUCAACAGCUUUUUAAAUAUUAUACAAUGAGCUUCCCCAUUAGAUCUAUUCAAAUUCAUUUGGCACAAAAUAAAUAUUUAUUUCUAUUGAAUACAUUUAAUCAUCAGCCAAGAACCAAAACUUGGUUAUAUAAGCAACCUAGUUAUGAAUAUAUAUUAAUGCCACAUGUUAAGACGCAACCUAAGACAAAUAAUUAAACUGUUUGCUUAGACAAAAUAGUCUAAAACAUCUUCUAACAAUUUGGCUAUAAAUACUCUGACUUCCUAUCGGUAAAGCACAACUGUCACCGUAGUCAAAGCUAUCACACAAGAUGCGAUCUCAGCUAGCUCUCUUCCUUGGCUUCGUGGCCCUCGUUUCGACUGUCUUGGCAGCCAGUACUCCAGCCGCAACUCCGCCAGCCUCAACGCCGACUACAACUCCCUCUUCGUCUCCUGCAACGACCUCUCCAACGACCUCCCCAACAACCUCCCCAACUACCUCGCCAACAUCCUCCACAGCGACCACGGCGAGCAGUACUUCAGCGGACAGCGCCACCACUGCACCCACUACAGUGGCUCCCACAACAAAGAAAUCAAAGAAGAAGGAGCAUAAAAGGCACUGGAAGAAUAAAACGAAGAGAUCGGCAGUGAAACACAUCAAACACAAAAAAGUAGGCAAGAGAAAUGGUCGCAAGAACACAUCCCGCCGAACUUGAAGCCCUAAAAUGGAAUCCUGCUGAUGAAAAUGAUCUGGCUGACAACCCUAAACGUUUUUACACUUAUUUUUUAGUUUUAUACUACUUAUGUUUUUAUAAUAAUCGCAUUAUUAAA